CACGUUGUCGCGAAAAUAACCUAAGCUAGCGAGCGUGUUGCGUGUUCCGUUUUCUUUCUUCCCCUUUCCCGACAACUACAACAUCUCUAUACGCGAUACUUUCCUCAUCUAUGGCACAGUUAGGAACAACGAGUUCUCUCUCCGAUAACGAAAUCAUCGCACAGAACCCAAUCGGAAAUGGCUUGGAUGAUUUUCGUCGUCUUUUCAGAGAAAAAUGCGAAGAGCUUGGUGUCUCGGAGGUCGAACAAUUAGUGGAAACAUCUAGGAUAGGCAAGUAAAAACGUUUACACCUAGAAUCAGUGCUAAUUUUGUGUAGAUGGCAAACUUUUGGCGCAUGGGCUUUUAACGGCACUACAAACCGUCCCGCCAGCUUCUCUUCUCAAAUCUCGUACCGGUGCCGAUAGUCUUAUACGGGAUCUUAACAAUUUGGGACGGCAGACAUUUUCCAAUGACUUCAACCUUUCACCGUGUAUCCCACUCUUCAAGGCAGUUGACAGCCAUGCAUCCGACGUCGAGAUUUUUGAUGCACUCUUCGUUCUCCUCGCCAGACCAACUACUCCCCCUCAAACCGGACCAACCACUCCCCCUCAAUCCAUCCUAACUUUUGCCUCCACCUUCAUGCAGACACCGAUCUCGAACAGCACUGGCCAUCUCGCAGACUCAUCCGAGCUUCUGAAGGAUAUUGAUCCAACACUCAAAAAAGAAGCAGAAGAUAGGCUUAUAGUGGAUCUUCCAGACUUUUUUAGCACUUUCUUUGAACCAAUUCCAAGGCUUUCAGAGAUUGCAGACAUUGUAUUCCACAUGUGCAAAGAUUCAGAAUAUAGGGAAGAAACUGGCUGGGUAGGAUGGCCAAACGAUUGUAAAGAGUCCAAGGUUUUGGCCUGGCUCAAGGGCUCUAUUAAAAAACUUCUUUUUUUCGCGAGCGAAAGAGGUUUUCAUCCCGUCAAAGAUCGUCAAAUUGUCGCCACUCCAAAUCAACCUAUUCCUGGAUCAGUCGCAAAAAGAAAAUUGGAUAUCGGCUUGAUCUACAGUUCAAGCGACGAAGCUCUAAACUGGUCCCAGAUCCUUGUUCCUGGCGAGCUCAAAAGCAAUCGGGCGGAAGACAAUCAUCGCCACACUUGGCUUGGGCUCAUGAAAUACGUACGGGAGGUAUUCCGUGCACAAGAUACGCGUCGGUUCGUUAUGGGCUUUACAAUCUGCGGUUCACUCAUGCGGCUUUGGAGAUUUGAUAGACUUGGAGGAAUGGCUUCUAAAUCAUUCGAUAUUAAUAAAGAUGGUAAAAUGUUUGUUUCGGCGAUUCUAGGGUAUCUGUGGAUGGAUGAGGAAGGUCUAGGCUUUGAUCCUACCAUACUAAAAGAAGAUGCUAAAAAAUACAUUAAGAUCCAGCGGAAUGGUUUGGAAGAGCGGCUUUAUUUGGAUGAACUUAUGCAGCGGCAGGCUUGUGUUUUUGGUCGAGCGACUACCUGUUGGAGAGGCCACGUCAAUGGGGACACGCAACUAGUCAUCAAGGAUUCAUGGGAGUAUGAGGAGCGACCCGAAGAGGGUGCUUUGCUGAAAGAAGCUACGGAAGCUGGAGUACAGAAUAUAUCUCGUUACUAUCAUCAUGAGACUGUCCAUGUUGGGAACGCAGUCGACGAUGCUCGCAAUAAUGUUCGCAACGGAUUACAGGACGCCAGCGGGAGAAAUCCAUUCCAAGGGCACCAAUCUGCAAUAUCUGAAUCUACUACAAGCUCAGUCACGUCUGGCAGGUUGGAAGGGAUGAGAGGAAGGGGCAGAGGCAGGGGCAGAGGCAGAAGCGGAAGCAGAAGCAGCAUCAAAAGCAUCACACGCAAGAGAUCUUCGAGCUCUACACAUCUGUCAACGCCGACUCCGAAACGCGUCUGCUCAGACGCCCCUGCGGUUCAAAAAGACAUUCAACAACAAUACAAUCCAGUCCAUCGUCGUGUGAUUAUGCGCGAUGUGGGGAAGAGCAUUUACGAUGCAACCUCCCUCAGAGCUUUGCUGACGGGGCUACUUGGUGGGAUUAAAGGUAAAUAAUGUACUGGAGAUGACUUUGGAUUCUACUAACUAAUUAAUCAAGGACAUGAGUCGCUACUGAACGGUGGGAUCCUCCAUCGUGAUAUAUCCAUCGGAAAUGUUAUGCUGAAUGAGGCUGAGGACGACGCUUUUCUGAUCGAUCUCGAUCUUGCUGUUAAAAUUAACCGUGAAAAGGCUUCUGGAGCACCAAGCAAAACUGGCACGAAGGUAUUUAUGGCAAUCGGUAUACUUUAUGGCGAGCAUCAUAGUUUCAUGCAUGAUUUAGAGUCAUUCUUUUGGGUAUUCUUCUGGAUUUGCGUACAUUGGAAUGGGCCUGAGUGGCCAAGAGAGGAUAAACAGGAAUACUCAAAUUGGAAUCACGCGGACCCAAAAAAUCUGGGUAAGAUGAAGUCAGGCACGGUCCUUGGCAAAAGUGAAUUCGUUGAGGAGGUGGAAUCAAAUUUCACAUAUUACUGCGAGCCGUUGAUACCCUGCAUUAAACAGCUUCAUGAAGUGGUAUUUCCAGAUGGUAAACGGUGGUCAACUGAAAAUCGACGGUUGUAUUCGCAAAUGAAGUCAGUACUGGAGAAUGCGAGAGAAGCCUUGGAAGUGUAGUUCAAUUGAAGAAUUUCAAUCCGGCCGACCUUCUUUAGCGUCACGAAUGAAGAUGUUCCGUAGAUAUGUUUCGCUAGCUCAUGUAAUCCCUCUUUGAUUAAUACUUCCUGCAAUUCUUUCAACUGUCCUUAUCCAGUAGAUGAUGAGCCAAGAGAAAGAGAUGAUGCUUUACUCAACGUCGGGGUCUAAGUGAUGGCACUAUGAAAUCGACAACUUCGGGCUUGGGUUCCUCUGCGGAUAGUGAGCUCCUUGGCUACCUCUACUAGAGUCUUCUCACGCUCUUCCUCCAAUCUCUCCUGUUCAAGACGCUUUUUUCUCGCUGGAGCCUUGAAUUUCCCCCUUCUCGCGGGCCUGAAUUACAACAUUCACUAUUUAUUGAAAGGGUCUGAUCUGUCUCGCGUAGCGACGGCUUUCAAGUGCUACACAUAAGUUCUUUUAUUUGCCUUCAAAGGCCAAGCGCCAUGGAGUUUAUGGAUACGGGCUAUGGUUA